GCACCCAUUCAGAUACAACCGCCUUUCGCGAGAAAACAUGGCAGCGCAGGUGGCAACCACAAAGGUUCCGGAGGUGAGGGACAUCACUCGCAUUGAGAGAAUUGGCGCUCACUCUCACAUUCGUGGCCUUGGGUUGGAUGAUGCUCUGGAGCCACGACAGGUGUCUCAGGGGAUGGUGGGCCAGCUGGCAUCUCGAAGGGCAGCCGGGCUGAUUCUUGAAAUGAUCAAAGAUGGUCAGAUUGCUGGUCGCGCAGUCCUUAUUGCUGGCCAACCUGGGACGGGCAAGACAGCUAUUGCUAUGGGUAUUGCCCAGUCGCUUGGUCCUGACACACCUUUCACUGCUCUGGCUGGGAGUGAGAUUUUCUCUCUGGAGAUGAGCAAGACUGAGGCUUUGAGCCAAGCCUUCCGCAAAGCCAUAGGAGUCCGAAUAAAAGAGGAGACAGAAAUCAUUGAAGGAGAGGUGGUAGAGAUUCAGAUUGACAGACCUGCUACAGGAACGGGUGCAAAAGUUGGUAAACUCACUCUGAAGACAACAGAGAUGGAAACUAUUUAUGACCUGGGGACCAAGAUGAUCGAGAGCCUCAGUAAAGAGAGAGUACAAGCCGGAGAUGUGAUUACUAUUGAUAAAGCCACAGGGAAGAUUAGCAAGCUGGGACGGUCAUUUACUCGAGCAAGAGAUUACGAUGCCAUGGGAGCUCAGACACAGUUUGUGCAGUGUCCCGAGGGAGAACUUCAGAAGCGGAAGGAGGUUGUUCACACCGUCUCUCUUCACGAAAUUGACGUCAUCAACAGCCGUACUCAGGGAUUCUUGGCCUUGUUUUCAGGAGACACAGGAGAGAUUAAGUCAGAGGUUCGGGAGCAGAUCAAUGCUAAAGUGUCAGAAUGGAGAGAGGAAGGCAAAGCUGAAAUUAUACCUGGGGUUCUCUUCAUAGAUGAGGUCCACAUGCUGGACAUAGAAUGCUUUUCAUUCCUGAACCGAGCCCUAGAGAGUGAUCUUUCACCUGUACUCAUCAUGGCUACCAACAGAGGCAUCACUCGAAUUAGAGGCACCAACUACCAGAGUCCUCAUGGUAUUCCCAUAGACAUGCUGGACCGUCUGCUGAUCAUCGCUACUACUCCUUACACAGAGAAAGAGACCCGACAGAUCCUAAAGAUUCGUUGUGAAGAGGAAGAUGUUGAGCUCAGUGAAGAGGCACAUACAGUUUUAACACGUAUCGGACAGGAGACUUCACUCCGUUACGCCAUCCAGCUCAUCAGUACUGCAGGCCUGGUGUGCCGUAAACGCAGGGGCACAGAAGUCCAAGUGGAGGACAUUAAAAGGGUCUAUUCUCUCUUCCUGGAUGAGGCCAGAUCCUCACAGUACAUGAAAGAGUACCAGGACUCCUUCCUCUUCAAUGAAACACAAACCUCUCAGAUGGACACCUCAUAACGAGUGGAGCUGUGAAGAAGCAUGUCCAGUUAUUGCUCCUGUGAAGGCCUUUCUCUUAUGACCGCUCCCAUUGCUGAGCCACCUUUCAAGUGUUCAGGCAAUUGAGUGUUAAUGCACUCAAAUCCUCCUCUUCAAGUCUUUUUUUUUUUUUGCUAUUGGUAUUGCUAGAUUUUAUAUGUUUUGCAAUGUAUAAAAAUAAUUUCUUCUUGUUUGGCUGUAUAACAUGGCAACUUAAAGGAUGAAAUAAAAAAGCUAUUUGACCAUGAA